AUGGUUCAGAGGAAAAGAUUAAGGCAUAUCCAUGCAAGAUCCGAUCUUUUUGAAGGGUUACCUGAUGAUAUGGUCAUUUCCAUCCUCUGCAAGCUCAGUUCCACCGCUCGUUGUCCUUCAGAUUUCAUCAAUAUUCUCAUCACUUGCAAAAGACUAAACCGUUUGGGUCUCCACCCUCUGGUCCUCUCCAAAGCCGGUCCGGAAACACUCGCCGUUAGAGCAAAGAACUGGUCCCACCAUGCCCAUCGGUUUUUGAGACAGUGCAUUAACGCCGGCAACACUGAAGCCUCUUAUAUUCUCGGCAUGAUCCGAUUUUACUGUCUACAAGACCGACUGACUGGAGGGUCUCUCAUGGCGAAGGCGGCGAUUAAAUCUCACGCGCCGGCACUGUACUCCUUGGCUUUGAUUCAGUUCAACGGCAGUGGUGGCUCGAAAGCCGAGAUGUUACAGCGAGCCGGCGCAGCGCUCUGUGCCAGAGCCGCCUUCCUCGGUCACAUCGACGCCCUUCGUGAGCUUGGGCACUGUCUCCAAGACGGUUACGGCGUGCGCCAAAACGUCGCCGAAGGACGUCGACUCCUCGUCCAAGCCAACGCUCGCGAGCUCGCGGAUGUCUACGCUCCUUCCGGCCACUUUCUUUCAACCCUCUGA